AUGACUAAAAAAUCCUCUGCGUAUAGACUUAAAGUUACAACUGCUUGCCAAAAUUGUCAACGUCGAAAAAUAAAGUGUUCGGGCGAAAUCCCUUGCACCUAUUGUUUAAAGUUGGACCGUGAGUGUCAACCCGGGAAACCUGGAAAAAAACGUGGCCCACCUCCCGGGCAAGAAAUUAUAAGAAGUCGAAAUAGUAGGUUGGAAAGCAUCAUUAACGAUGCUGUUAGGGAUCCAAAGAAACGUGAAGCAUUAAUGAAUGUUGAAGGAAUAGAACCUGAAGUUCGACAUGGAAUUGAUCUAUUAAGAUAUAGAGAUGAAAAUGAACUUCAAGUUGUUGAUUCUCUUACUAGAUUAGGGCAUGUACCGCACUCGGAAACUGGUCCUCAAACAAAAACUCCAAUUAUUAGGGACUUAAAUGGUCAACGUAAUGCUCAGUCUACAGAUAGAUUGGAGUUAAUGGAGAAUACUUCCCCAUUUUUGCGUAAACCAAAACCCAUUUAUCCGGUGCAUAUGAAAGAACGUCAAAUUGCACAUAUUGAAUCUAUUAAUAAGAAUCCAAAUGAAUCUGUUACUUUUAGAAAUAAUUUACCUACUGAUUCUUCGGCCUCAUCAUCAGGUUUAGUAUCCUCCUUGUCGUACCCUACAUCUCCAUCUCUUGCAUCAUCAUCAUCGUUAGUGUUAUCCCCAAAACAUUCACCAACAUUAUCAAUGUUACCUCCAUUAUCUAAGUCAAUAACUGCAUCCCCAAAACAUUCUUCAUUACCAACAUUACCUCCAUUAUCUUCUUCAAUGCCAUCAUUAUCAAAAUCUUCUUCAUCAAUGUCUUCAUCAACUAAUUCAUCAUUUGGUCCUUCUCAAUUUUGGCGUAAACCAAGCAUACCAAAUUUUUCUCAUUCAUAUUUAACUUCUAAUAAUGGUUCAAUUUGUUCUCAUUCAACAUUUUUAAAUGGUCAUUCAUAUCAUGCGACUUGGAAUUAUUCAUAUCCAAAACCUUCAAAUAAUAAUAAUUCUGAUUCAACAUGUUUGGAUAAAAAACCUACUCAUCAGUCUUCAUCAAAUUCAAAUAAGGCUCCUAUUCUUCCAGAUUUAACAAGUUUAAAUAAGGGUCAUUAUACUUCCGGUUCACAAAGUUCUCUAAACAAGGAAUCUAUGUUAUCAAAUCGAUUUGAUUCAAAUUCAACUCGGAAUAAUUCUGAACAUGGAUCAAUGCAUUAUUUUCUUCCACCGUUACAAUUACCUCAAAGAUUUCAUUUACCACAAUCAAAUGUUUUGCCUCCGUUACAACCGGUAAGCGAUUCGCAUUAUAUACCACCACCACUGCCACCUCAAGAUAAUCGAAGAUCAUCAGAAUGGACACAGCAAAUACCAUCAAUAACUCAUAACUUUAAUGAUACGCGAAUUAUACCUCCUAAAAUUAAUAAUGAGGUUACCGUUUUAUCUCCACCUAACAAACGUGAUGUAACAAGUGAUUCAUGUGGAAUAUCAACAUCUAAUUAUUGUGAUUCCGAAAAAGAGAAAAAUAAAUCAGUAACAUCAGAAAGCAAGUCAGUUUCUCAAGGGAAUAAGUUAACCCCACGUUUCGUUCCGAUUAAAGCAUAUCCUCCGACUGAUACUGUUAAAAAAUCUUCAGCUUAUGGUACACGAGGUCGAAGUACAUCAAGUGCAAAAACGCGUCAUUCAACUGAUGGCAGUGGUGCUGUAACAUAUCAAGCAUUGAAUCGUCGUUCUACUCAUACAAAUAGAAAUACACAUGGUCAUGGUGUACAUCAAACACCAUGUCAGCAAAUUAAACCUAUUAAUGGUACGGUUGAUCAACAAAAUUCAUACAAUUAUUCUUAUAAUUAUGAUGUAAUGGAUAGUAAAAAUGAAAAAAUAAACAAAUCGUUUACAUCGAAUGUCAUUGGCGUAGAAAGCCAAUUUAAGGGUAAUUGUCAAAAUGAUGUAAUGCAGCGGGAUCAUUUCGUGGAACGGGUUGGUGAUGAAUCUAAUAAUAUUAUCUCGAAAGUUGGAUCUAUUGAUGAUUCACGUAUAAUAGAUUCAUCGAUAAUUAACAAAGGAAAAGCUUCUGAUCCCAUUAAUAAAUUUGUUGAUACUAUUUCUCUCAAUGUUGGUCCAUUAAAUUUAGCGGAUACGCGACGUGAUGAAAACAAAUCCGUUACUUUGGAUGAAACAGAACGACGGCCUUUGAAUGUAUCUUUAGAUACUUAUCUAGCUUCAUCGAUUGAAUGCGACAACGAACAAUCUUCAAGACCGUUAACACCACCAAGAUGUGAUAACGAAAAUUUAUCAACACGAAAAAAUCGAAUUGAAUCUUUGCAACCUUCAGAUACUGAAUCAGUUUUAACUCCUCCCACCAUUCAAGAUGAUUUGUCAGCAAUGGAAUUUGACGAUUGUUCGGCGUCUAAUUCCUCAGUAUCGAUUUCUAGACCUACAAAGAAUAACUCGAGAAAGAAAUUCCAAAUGACACACACAGAAUCAAAGAAAUUAAAAAAGGAUAAAAUGGGAGCAGUUACAUUGACAGAUUCGGAGGAUUCUUAUAAUUCUGAACGUAAUAAACGCAAUAAACGGGAAGAUUUAAUUAAACAUAGGGCUAGUGCAGUUCCAAGACGAAUUACUCGAAGAACUAAACCACCUGCACCUAAAGACCCUAGUAAAAAAUGGGUUAGACGCAAAGAAUAG